UUCCGGAAGUGUCGCUGUGUACUUCCGCCUCGUGCGUGCAGCAGCGUGUGGACCGUCUCUCCGCAGCCUGUCCACCAUGAAGAACCGGACCGCAGGCUGGGUGGAUCCCCGGCUCAGACAGAGGGUGGAGCAGUACCUGGCGUCCAGCCGCUCUGAGUACGUGGACCUGUCCGAACUGGCCCUGGACCUGCAGAGGCUGCACAGGCUGGACUACGGCAGGAGGAACAAGACGGCCUUCAGGAUCCAGGUGGAGAAAGUGUACGAAGCCGUCAUGAAGGAGUCGGGGCUCAGCGAGCUGGAGAGCAAACACUUGACCAAGAGAGCCAAACACCGUCACCGUGACGCCGCCGCCGGCGACGGGAGCAGCAGCAGCUCCGGGGAGUCGUCCGACAGCGAGGAGCGAGCAGCCCCCCCCAACCACAUGAACAGCUCGCUCACCUCCCUGUACCGGAAGGCGCCCCCUGCGGGCGGAGCGGCGGCGCCCCCCGGCGGCACGGCGCCCCCUGCGGGCGGAGCGGCCCCGCCCACGCUGGUGUCCCCGGGCGGCUGGUUCAUCGACCGAGGCAAGGCGUCCGGCGGCGGCGGCGUCCUGAUCGACCUGUGUGAGGACGAGACCGCCAACCCGGCGGCACACGAGACAGACGUGUCCAUGCUGGAGCCGGACAAGUCUCAGAAAAAGUCCAAGAAGAGGACGAAGAGCUCGAGUGACGCCGCAGAGUCCCGGCCUGUCAGUAAGAAAGCCAGAGGGGCGUCUCCGGAGCUGCAGUAUCCCACUCUGGGGUUUGAGGACGUUGGCGGUAACGAGGACACGCUAACGGAGCUGUGUAAGCUGCUGAUCCACAUGCGCCACCCGGAGGUGUACCAGCAGCUGGGGAUGGUUCCCCCCCGGGGCUUCCUCCUGCACGGCCCCCCCGGCUGCGGGAAGACCCUGCUGGCCCAGGCCGUGGCCGGGGAGCUGCAGCUGCCCAUGCUGAAGGUGUCCGCCCCGGAGCUGGUGUCCGGCGUGUCCGGAGAGUCCGAGCAGAAGCUGAGGGAGCUGUUCGACCUGGCCGUGAGCUCUUCGCCGUGCGUCCUGUUCAUCGACGAGAUCGACGCCAUCACGCCGAAACGAGAGGUGGCUUCCAAAGACAUGGAGCGGAGGAUCGUAGCCCAGCUGCUGACCUGCAUGGACGACCUGAACAGCGUGACGGCCACCGCGCAGGUCCUGGUCAUCGGCGCCACCAACAGGCCCGACUCCCUGGACCCGGCGCUGCGGCGGGCCGGGCGCUUCGACAGGGAGGUCUGCCUGGGCAUCCCGGACCAGGCCGCUCGCCUCCGGAUCCUGAAGACGCUGUGCCGCAAGCUGAAGCUGCCGGACGACUUCGACUUCCUGCAGCUGGCCCGGCUCACCCCGGGAUACGUGGGCGCCGACCUGAUGGCCCUGUGCCGCGAGGCCGCCAUGAGCGCCGUCAACCGGGUGCUGCUGGAGGCCAGGAGGGGGCCGGCGGAGGGCCCGGCAGCCCAGGAGGGGGCCGUAGAGGGGCUAGCUGUCCAGGAGGGGACCGUAGAGGGGCUGGCUGUCCAGGGGGGGCCCACAGAGGAGACGGGGUCCACCAGGACCACUGAGACCACGACAGAGGACCAGGAAUUCCAGGAAACACACGUCAACAGAGUCCUGAACCAAGAGGCUGCAGCAGGUCCUGAACAGCAGGGGGAGCUGUUCCACCUGCUGGCCCUGCUGAAGACCACGGAGUCCCUGACGCAGGACGAGCUGGACCGCCUGUCCAUCGUCAUGGCGGACUUCCAGCGCGCCCUGACCAGCGUGCAGCCGUCGGCCAAGAGGGAGGGCUUCGCCACGGUGCCCGACGUGACGUGGGACGACGUGGGAGCGCUGCAGGACGUCCGCGAGGAGCUGACCAUGGCCAUCCUGGCUCCGGUACGUUCUCCAGAGCAGUUCCGAGCUCUGGGCCUCAGCGCUCCGUCCGGCGUGCUGCUGGCUGGACCUCCAGGGUGUGGAAAAACUCUGCUCGCCAAGGCGGUGGCCAACGAGUCUGGUCUGAACUUCAUCUCGGUGAAGGGUCCUGAGCUGCUCAACAUGUACGUGGGGGAGAGUGAGCGUGCGGUGCGCCAGGUCUUCCAGAGGGCCUGUAACUCGGCCCCCUGUGUGAUCUUCUUUGACGAGGUGGACGCUCUGUGUCCUCGGCGCUCUGGACACGAGUCUGGAGCCAGCGUGCGGGUCGUCAACCAGCUGCUGACGGAGAUGGACGGUUUGGAGACGAGGAGACAGGUCUUCAUCAUGGCCGCUACCAACAGACCAGACAUCAUCGACCCUGCCGUCCUGAGACCCGGCCGUCUGGACCAGACCCUGUUCGUGGGCCUCCCCCCUGCGGCGGACCGCCACAGCAUCCUGCGCACCAUCACCAAGGACGGGACCAGACCCCGUCUGGAGCCUGACGUCAGCCUGGAAGACAUCGCCUUCGACCAGCGCUGCGACUGUUUCAGUGGAGCGGACCUCUCGGCCCUGGUCAGAGAAGCCUCGGUCAACGCUCUGAGGACUCACCUGAAGUCUGGACGUCCGUCCCCCCUCGCCCUGCCGCCCGCUGCUUCCGAUCAGCCUGUGGCCGACAUCCGGGUGAGCCGGCAGAACUUCGAGGACGCCUUCAGCAAAGUCCGACCGUCGGUUUCCAAAAAGGACCAGAGGAUGUAUGAGCAGCUCCGAGAGUCUCUCGGCAGAUGAGUGUUCCUCCUGAGGACCCGGGGACGGGCGGCGUCUCCUCCGCAGCGUCUUUCUGUCCUGAUCGUCUGCUCGUGGACUUCAGUCGACACUUCUUCUAUUUUUUACCAGUAAAACUGAAAGAGGAACCUUGGGUGUGUGAGUGUGGUCUUCCUGCGUCCUGACAGUGAACCCAGCGACUCAUGAUGCUUCCUCCUCCGUGCCGGGUGAAGCCAUGUGGACGAAGGACACAGGCAGACGGAGCGCGGAUCUCAAAACGGUUUUAAUUCAUUCAAACUCGGAUCCAGGAAUAAAAACUCUUUUCAGAUUAAGACUUGUGGGGAAAGGCGGAUCUGCAGAUUCGUCUGGAACAGAAAAACCCAAGUCUAACAGACAGGAAGUGGUGGUGCAGCGUCCACCCCUGAACAUGAAUCCUUUCAUCAAACAGGAAGUUCAGUCUGCUGCAGUUAUUCAGGCGUUAGAGAAGAAACAGAAGCAGCUGUUCUGUUAGACUCAGUUUACAAUCUCAUCUUCAAUUAAAAGAACAGUCGUGCUCCUCGGAACGAGCGCAGACAUAACGCAAGGAGCUGCACGCACAAACACACACACACAUACACACACAGCUGAUAACAAAGCUGCUUUUCUGUUGUUGACCUUCGACUAAAGUUCAAAAUCAAACAAGAAGAAAUGUCGUCCAUUCAGUUCUUUAAUCUCAGUACUGUGGAGGGGUGUGUGUGUGUGUGUGUGUGUGUGGUGCAGCGCGUGUACAAAAUCCUAAAUGAAGAGUUUUGCGAAUGGGAGUUGGAAUGUUAGAUGAAGAACGGGCAGAAUAGUGGAAAUUGACCUCAAAUUUAAUGACUGAUGUGUUCAUGCAGCCGGACACGCGCAGACGCACACGCACACACACACACACACACACUGUCCUUGCAGUUGUUGACCUAUAGAAGCGGUGUGGAGCAGCUUUCUUCCCGUGGUGUGAGGAAGAAGAAGAGCACUUAGUGACUCCAGGCAGGUUAAUGAGCAGAAGCUGUUGAGUCUUUAGCUGGAGCGGCGGGCGGAGGCUCUGGAGGCUCCGGAGCGGCGGGCGGCAGCUCCGGAGCGGCGGGCGGCGGCCCGUCACUCCUGCUUGACGUCCCCCUUCAGCCGCCUCUUGAUGCGGGAGUAGGGGCUCAGCGAGUCGUCCAUGAUGAAGUCGUACAGCACCUUGACCCAGGACGAGUACUGAGGAAGGUCGUCGUAGUACUCCGCCGCGAUCUUCUUCACCUGAGGACAGACGCCACAGGGCGGGGUCAGGGCGGAGCUCGCACGGCGCAGUACCGGCAGCAGCCCUCAGGGGGCGCUGCUGAUCACAAGACAGCAUUUAAAUACUGAUUUUCUGCCAAAGUUGAACAUGACUUGUUGUGGCCAUGAUAAAUAAGAGUUUUUUCUUUGUACCUGCACCUGGUGCAGCUGGUCUCCAUGGCAACAGGCACACCUGCUGACUGUCAUGGCUGAUCUCAGCUCAGAGCUCACAGGGAAGGAGUUGUAAACACGCACCAGUCGGAAGCAGCCGGCAGGCACAAAGUAAAAUUUCCUCCGGAACAUUCUAGUUUCAAAUUAAAAUCCUGAAUGAGGCCAGUGGAAAGCUGUCCAUGUUUCUAAACUCAAGAGAAGACAAACAAAACCUGAGUAGGUCGACUCCAAAUAAACAAAAACAUUUUAAAUCUGAAACUAAAAUCUUGAAGCUUUUGAGUUUGUUUGUCCUUUGUAUUGAUACUUUUAAACAUUGUGUUUUAAGGUGAAGGUGAAGGCUCAUCUUUUUCAGAUUCACGCCGUUAGCUUUGUUUACUACCCAUAAUGCACUGCGCUCUAUGUCACUGGACGGUCCCUGAGCUUUCACACUGUCCACACCGAGAAGUGGACUAUCCCUGAACCCGCUGUGGUCUGGACCAGAGAGUACCGGUCCACGAUAACCCUGCUCCAUUUCAGCGUUAGUUCUAGCUCCUUCAGUUCUCCGCCCCACAGCGGCGCCCUCUAGUGGAACGGUCCUCAAACAUUUCGGUGCAUGAGGCCUCCAGUCUGUGAGGUUCAGACGGACCGAGGCUCUGAGACGGGCCUGCAGGAGCUUUUCACAGCUGAGGCGUGGAACCAGCAGCCGGUUCCCACCCCGCCGGGCUCCACGUGCCGCCGCGGCGUUUACUGCAGCCUUAUCUUUACUCCUGAACAAUCCACACCAAGCUCCAUAAAGGGCGUGAAGCCGGGAGAUAAGAACGGCCGCUGAACGCUUUAUGAGUGUUUAUUUAAGCCACUGCUGUUUGAUCUGAGCUGGAAUGUCGACGUCCGCACGUUCUGCCGACGUUCUCCUACCUGUUGUGAAGGAACCCGGCCGUGUGGCGGCGAACGGUUCUCUGAAUUCUCUGAAUGUGUGAUAAGUAAGCGGGUGUGUUCUGCGUCGUGGGUUGUCCGGAGGGACUCACCAUGGGCAACCGGCGUCCGGGGAUGCUGGGGAAGUCGUGGUGCUCGUUGUGGUAGCCCACGUUGAAGGUGAGCAGGUUGAGCGAGCCAUAGUAGGAGUACGUCUCGUGGCCCUUGAGGAACAUGUAGUGCUCGGCGAUGAAGUGCCCGGAGAUGGGGUGCAGGCCCAUCCCCAGCAUGGACCCGGCCAGCAUGUAGACCAGCGGCUUGGCGCCCCCCAGGCGGUACAGCAGCACGUCGAAGGCCAGCUGGACCGCCACGUUGGUGAGCUCCAGCCGGCUGAUGGGCUUGGGGUUGAUGCAGAGCGGCCGGACGGCGUAGAACAGCGGCUGCAGGAUGAUCCAGACGAACUUGCGGAGGCGAGUGCAGAAGAACCAGCCCUCGAAGUCGGUGGGGAUGUCCACGUCCACCCCGUCCCCGCCCAGGUAGCGGUGGUGGUCCAGGUGGUAGCGCUUGAAGGAGGCGGAGUACGGCAGGCCGAUGGGCAGGUUGGCGAACAUGGCGAAGUAGCGGUUCCACAGGGCCUUGUUAUUCCCGAAUGCCGUGUUGUGUGAGAUCUCGUGGAUGGCCAGCGUCAUGGAGUGGUUGAUGCAGCUGCCGAACGCGUAAGUCCA